AUGAACGGAUCGCAGGCCUCGCACAUCAUCUCCAAGGCUAAACAAGCUGCUGCGUCUGCCGCCGCUGCCAAUGGGAACAAUAAGAAGCGCAAGAAGGAGUUGUUGAGGCCUAUCAUCACGACUGGCGCAGAGUCGGAGAAGGAGAAGGGCGAUGCUAUGAACUCUACCCCAGGAUCUAGUGGCGCUGCGACCUCGACCUCGAAAUCAUCUGCCAUGAACCGAUCCCCCUCCUCCGCCUCGUCGUCGCGGGAAGAGGCCGCCGAAACCACCGCCGACGAGGAGGAUUCUGAGGACUACUGCAAGGGCGGCUACCAUCCCGUCCAGGUUGGGGAGCAGUUCAAGGACGGCAAAUACACCGUGGUGCGCAAGCUGGGCUGGGGCCAUUUCUCGACCGUCUGGCUCUCGAGAGACAAUGUGACGGGAAAGCAUGUAGCGCUGAAGGUCGUUCGAUCUGCCGCGCAUUACACCGAAACCGCCAUCGACGAGAUCAAGCUGCUGAACAAGAUCGUCGCGGCCAAACCAGACCACCCGGGACGAAAGCACGUUGUUAGUCUGCUGGACUCGUUCGAGCACAAGGGCCCCAAUGGCACGCACGUCUGCAUGGUCUUCGAGGUCCUGGGCGAGAACCUGUUGGGCUUGAUCAAGCGCUGGAACCAUCGUGGGAUCCCGAUGCCGCUGGUCAAGCAGAUUGCAAAGCAGGUCCUCCUCGGCCUGGACUACUUGCACAGAGAGUGCGGCAUCAUACACACAGAUCUGAAGCCGGAGAACGUCUUGAUAGAGAUCGGAGACGUGGAGCAGAUUGUGAAGACUUGCGUCAAGGAGGAGGUCAAGAAGGAGAACAAGGAAGACAACCCUAAUGGAAGAAGAAGACGUCGGACCCUAAUCACUGGCAGCCAGCCUUUACCCAGCCCGCUGAAUGCCAGCUUCAACCAUGCAGAUUUGCUGCGAUUCCCAGGCGGUGCGGCUGGCUCUCACACCAGUCUCAAUCAGAUAAUGCAAGAAGGUAAUCCAUCUCCCGUCUCGGACGCCAGCGUUGCCGGCGUGUCAGAGCAUGCCGUAAUAACUGGCGCUACAGGAGCCUCUAAAAACCCAUCCCCGAAGAGUGAGAAGGAAGAUGAGGAGAACCACAAGCAACGGGAGAAGACUGCAGAUAUCCUCACUCGUGAAGUAUCUGGCAUCUCACUCGAUAAAUCUACACCGGACAAAAAGAAGGAAGAGACGACCGGUUUCGAGAAGAUAUCAGUCAAGAUCGCAGAUCUGGGUAACGCGUGUUGGACAAGCCACCACUUUACGAAUGAUAUCCAAACCAGACAAUACAGAUCUCCGGAAGUAAUCUUAGGUUCAAAAUGGGGUGCUAGUACAGAUGUCUGGAGUAUGGCUGCAAUGGUGUUCGAACUCAUUACUGGCGACUACCUCUUCGACCCCCAAUCUGGCACCAAAUACGGCAAGGACGAUGACCAUAUUGCACAGAUCAUCGAGCUGCUUGGCCCCUUCCCCAAAUCCCUCUGCAUGUCAGGAAAAUGGUCGCAAGAGAUCUUCAACCGCAAGGGCGAGCUACGCAACAUCCACCGCCUGCGGCACUGGGCCCUCCCGGAUGUCCUGAAGGAGAAGUACCACUUCAAGGACGAGGAGGCGCGCAAGGUGGGGGAGUUCCUGACGCCGAUGCUGGAGCUGGUGCCGGAGAAGCGGGCGAACGCGGGGGGUAUGGCGGGCGCGGAGUGGCUGGAGGAUACGGUGGGAAUGAAGGGGGUGAAGAUUCCGGGGCUAGAGGUGGGAAGCAGGGGCGAAGGCAUCGAGGGCUGGGCUUCUGAGAUCAAGAAGCGGUGA